GGCGGCGGCAGCAGGCGCGGUGUGUGUUUUAAACUCAAAUGGGUGAUGAAAAGGACUCUUGGAAAGUGAAAACUUUAGAUGAAAUUCUUCAGGAAAAGAAGCGUAGGAAGGAGCAAGAAGAGAAGGCAGAGAUAAAACGCAUAAAAAAUUCUGAUGAUCGAGACUCAAAGCGAGAUUCCCUUGAGGAGGGGGAGCUGAGAGAUCACCGCAUGGAGAUAACGAUCCGGAAUUCCCCCUAUAGGCGAGAAGAUUCUAUGGAAGAUAGAGGAGAGGAAGAUGACUCCUUGGCUAUCAAACCACCCCAGCAAAUGUUCCGGAAGGAAAAAACUCACCACAGGAAAGAUGAAAAGAGGAAAGAAAAGCGUAGACACCGAAGCCAUUCGACAGAAGGGGGGAAGCACGCCAGGGUGAAAGAGAAGGAAAGAGAGCAUGAGCGGCGGAAACGGCAUCGUGAGGAGCAGGAAAAGGCUCGACGCGAGUGGGAGAGGCAGAAGCGGAGGGAGAUGGCCCGGGAGCACUCCAGGAGAGAGAGGCAUAUGAUUGCUUCCAGGGACCGCCUUGAACAACUGGAGCGCAAACGGGAGCGGGAGCGGAAGAUGAGGGAGCAGCAGAAAGAGCAGAGGGAACAGAAGGAGCGGGAGAGGCGAGCUGAGGAGAGACGCAAAGAACGAGAAGCGCGGCGGGAAGUGUCUGCCCACCACCGGACCGUGAGGGAAGACUAUGGAGACAAGGUGAAAGUGAGCCACUGGAGCCGCAGCCCGUUACGGCAGCAGCGGGAACGAUUCGAGCAAGCGGACAGCAGGAAGCCAGUGAAGGAGGAGCAGCCCGAAGAGAGAGACCCCCUCUCCGACCUGCAGGAUGUGAGCGACAGCGAGAGGAAAACAAGUUCAGCGGAAUCUUCCUCAGAGUCUGGAUCGGGCUCCGAGGAAGAGGAGGAAGAAAGUAGCAGCGAGGAGUCGGAGGAGGAGGAGGAAGAGGAAGAGGAGGAGGAGGAGGAAGAAGAGGAGGAGGAAGAGGAGGAGACGGGCAGCAAUUCUGAGGAAGCCUCAGAGCAGUCUGCCGAGGAAGUGAGUGAAGAAGAAAUGAGUGAUGAAGAGCGAGAGAAUGGGAACCACGUCUUAGUUGAGUCGAGAUUUGACCGGGAUUCGGGCGAGAGUGAGGAAGGCGAGGAAGAGGUGGGAGAGGCGACUCCCCAGUCCACUGCCAUGACGGAGGGAGAGUACGUUCCCGACUCUCCGGCCGUGUCACCCGUCGAGCUACAGCAGGAGCUCCCCAAGUACCUCCCUGCGCUGCAGGGCUGCCGCAGUGUGGAGGAAUUUCAGUGUCUUAACCGAAUCGAGGAAGGGACCUACGGGGUGGUCUACAGGGCGAAGGACAAGAAAACCGAUGAGAUUGUGGCCUUGAAGCGGCUGAAAAUGGAAAAGGAGAAAGAAGGUUUUCCCAUCACAUCUCUCCGGGAGAUCAACACCAUUCUAAAGGCCCAGCACCCCAACAUUGUCACAGUCCGGGAGAUCGUGGUGGGCAGCAACAUGGAUAAGAUCUACAUCGUGAUGAACUACGUGGAGCACGAUCUCAAGAGCCUGAUGGAAACGAUGAAGCAGCCGUUCCUACCAGGGGAGGUGAAAACCCUCAUGAUUCAGUUACUGCGGGGAGUCAAGCAUCUCCACGACAACUGGAUCCUGCACCGCGACCUCAAGACCUCCAACUUGCUCCUCAGCCACGCCGGCAUCCUAAAGGUGGGGGACUUUGGCCUCGCCCGGGAGUACGGGUCCCCCCUGAAGGCCUACACGCCGGUUGUUGUGACGCUGUGGUACCGGGCCCCAGAACUGCUGCUGGGUGCUAAGGAGUACUCCACUGCCAUCGACAUGUGGUCAGUGGGCUGUAUAUUUGGGGAGCUCCUGACGCAGAAACCGCUCUUUCCGGGAAAGUCCGAAAUCGACCAGAUCAACAAGGUGUUUAAGGACCUGGGCACGCCAAGCGAGAAGAUCUGGCCCGGCUACAACGAGCUGCCGGCGGUGAAGAAGAUGACGUUCACCGAGUAUCCCUACAACAACCUGCGCAAGCGUUUCGGCGCCCUCCUCUCCGACCAGGGAUUCGACCUCAUGAACAAGUUCCUGACCUACUACCCUGGGCGAAGGAUCACCGCCGAGGACGGCCUGAAGCACGAGUAUUUCCAAGAGACGCCCCUGCCCAUCGACCCAUCCAUGUUCCCCACGUGGCCUGCCAAGAGCGAGCAGCAGCGGGUGAAGCGGGGGACCAGCCCCCGCCCUCCAGAGGGUGGCCUAGGCUACAGUCAGCUGGGGGACGAUGACCUCAAGGACACGGGCUUCCACCUCACCACCACCAACCAGGGGGCUUCUGCCGCCGGGCCGGGCUUCAGCCUCAAGUUCUAAGCCAGCGGCCACCCGGGGACGUGACGUGGACUGGGGCCUGCUGCCGGGGGUGAGACCGACGGUGAUUUCCGCUCACGGCUGCGCUCCCCCCACCUCCCUACCCCCACGGCACCGGGGAGCCUUAGGGUGGGGGCCUGAGCUCAGCAGGUCAGCCCUAGGACGCUCUCGGGCCUUUACGGCUGGUUUUCUCCCCUCCCCACCUUUUUCUGAGCUCGUACCACUUGGAGUGAAACUCCAUUUUCCCUACUGAGUGUCGGGAAGGGGUGGGGCCGCGUCCAGAGCCCGGCCAUGUUCGACUCGGGUCCUAGCGGCCUUGCCAGGGUCAGUGUCGCGCUGGGGGUACCGUGAACCCAGGCCCCGUCACCCCAGACGGGCACUACUGUAGGAGAGUGAUGGCUGUGGGAGAGG